AUGCUCACUAUAGCGCAUCCUCAACAACAACGAAGAGAUAUUGAAUGCUUACGUAACAGCAGUUUUCACUGUUCCAAUCAUUCUUGCAUCCCUACGAAUGAAGUAUGUGAUGGAGUUAAAGAUUGUGAAAAUGGAGCUGAUGAAGUUGGAUGCGAAACUGGUAUAUUAAGCAUUAAAGGUGUCACGGAGGCACGUACGAACGAAAUAACAUGGAUAAAAAGCAAGGGUUCUUCUUCUUGGGGAUGGCAUGAAAAUACUCCACGAGUUCUGUUUUCUCUCUUCUUAUCAGGAGGAGUCAAAUUUGACGGAACAAUCUAUGAGGAAGAAUUAAUGGCAACACAAACAGAGCUUAAGACUUCCAUUUCUCUGCAUAAGAAUCCUCUCUCAGUUGAACAGCUAAGCAUGUUUAUAAACAGCUUAUUGGUGACGUGUCACAAUCCUCAUCAGUUCUAUGGACAGAACCUGAUAAAGCGUUUAAAAGAGCAAGUGCAGUCUACAACUAACUUCACUCAUCCAAUAGCAUAUUUAACUCUCUGCAAUGCUAAAGAACCAUGGCCGCUUAAAGCCAUUGCAGAUAUUAACAAAAUAUUAAGCACCGAUGCUGAUUAUCCUUUUGUUAGAGAUUAUCAAGCAUAUGCUGUAAUGGCAGUUUCGUGUUAUGAGAACCAAACGAAACUGAUGAAUAAAAUUGAAUAUAGCAGUUUAAAAACCAAUUAUGAAAACGUCAUUCAACUUUUCAAGGAGACUCAACUUCCUGAUGGCAGUUUUGGAAAUCUACAAACAACUUCAUUAAUAACCCAGGCUUUAAUAUCGAGUGGUCAAGAGUAUGAAAAAGACUGGAAGCUCAAUGCAACUGUUCAUUAUCUAUUAGAGCAAUUGUCUUCUCCUCACGAUGUUGUCUCUAGUUCCCUAACUCUUCCUGUUCUCAAUGCAAAAAGUAUAAGUGACAUCUCAAAGGUUAAUUGCACUUUGAAUCCAAGAAGAAAUGGCUAUGGUAACAUCUUUAAUUCAUUAUCUCUUUUUUCCUAUCUAAUCAGCAAGUAUUAGAUGAACGAAAAAGUG